UGUUAAUGUGCAGUGUAGAGAUUAUGGCAGACCAUACUUUCGUAGACGACUUUAAUAAAGAUCGGGGAACAAUUAUCGCAGAAAUGUUAUAUCAUAUAAAAGUUGCAGACAAAGUCUUCAGAAAUUUAGACUUUAGCACGGUAGAUGCAGCUGAAGGAAUAAGACUCAAUGUGGAAAAAAUUACUAUCAUAGAAAACUGAAAUAAUCCUGGUUAUUAUUUAAACGAAUCUAUAGAUGACUAUUUCGAAUAUAUUACACUUCUAUCUGGUCAUUCAAAACAAACUUGGUGCAUGUUUAUAAGUUUCUGCCACAGAGAUUUUACUGAAAAAAUUGGAGAGGCGUAUAUUAGAGGAGUUUGUCAAGGAAACGCAAGAGGAAUGAGUGGAAACGUGGCAUUUAUAACAAACGUUGCAUAUAAGAGAAGAGUUCCACGAAUGCAAAUUAGUAAACAUAUGCUCCAGGCAAUGGGGUAUUUACUCGGGAGUACCAACGAUCCUCCUGAUCAUCCCGUGUGUUCACCCGCAUACUUGAAUAAUAACACUCUCGGUAAUUAUAUUAUGUACAGCCAGUCAACAUAUAAUUAUUCAGAUGGAUGGUUGUACAACAACUGGAAGUUUUCUCCAUGCAGCAAAAUUCAAAUAUACGAACAUCUUUUCGUAAAUAAGGGAGCUUCUUGCAUGACGAAGCCAAAGUCAACAUGCGGUAACGGAAUAACGGAACAAGGAGAAGAAUGCGACUGCGGAAGUAAAGAAUCCUGUGAAAAACUCGAUCCUUGUUGCAAUCCUCCAGGAUCAGGUGCACCUUGUGCACUCCGGAAACGAUCGAAAAACUUUUGUAGUCCGCGAGAAGGAGAUUGCUGCAACGAGAAAUGCGAAUUUGUGGCAAAGGAAGAACAACGCCAAUGUUUUGUUUUAAUUCCUUGCAGAGAAAAAAUUCUUUAGUGUAAUGGAUUGACGCCAUUUUGCCCGGAGUUGAUUUUACCAGACGGAUCAAAGUUUUUAGGUCCUAAUAAAUGUAAAUCUGGCAGAUGCCUCAUCGAUAUUUGUAAAAGAAAUGACCUAGAAAUUUGUAAAUGUGCAGAUAACAAAGAGUGUCAGAUAUGCUGUGAAGAUCAGAAGGGAAAUUGCAAAUCGGCUUCGGACUGGAAGAUUAGACUACCAGAUAAAGAAAUAUUUGCAACAUUUCCAGAAACACCUUGUAACAACAAUACUGGAUGGUGU